AUUCGGAAUUCACGAUUCUGAUUCACCAUUUUUGAUUGUAGUUAGUGAGUUCAUAUAAGCUGACGCAGGUCUUGCUCACGAGCCACAGUGUGAGUGUGGCUCACAAGGCGAGAGUCGUGCGUCGAGCUUUAUCGACGUUUCAUCGAGGUCCUCGUCGCAUAUAUGGCUUCGUAGCCGCGCCUCUCACCCCGCCCAUCAUCUCUGAGUGGUAGGUAGCCUCAACGCUCUGCGCUCGUCGCAUCAUGUCUUUGGGAAAGGUUCGCAUCAUUCGCAAUCCAGCUUCGGGUGCGCCUGGUACAUCGGAAAGGCUUUUGGAUCAGCAAGUCUUGCCGCUUCUCAAGAGCGCCAACCUUGAUGCUCAGGUGCACGUCACAGCAAGUCAGGGCCAUGCUACGGCUAUAGCAGCCCAACUGCUAAGCGAGACGCAGAACGCUAGACAGGAAGACUCUGGUGGUCCGAAUCCGCACGGGCUGGAUGUCAUCCUUCUGGGAGGCGAUGGGACUACGUCGGAAUUUCUGAAUGGCCUGUACAUUCCGCCCGCCGCUAGACCUAAAGACAGGCAAAACGAUGUGGAACAGGAUGCUGCCGUGUCAAGCUUGCAAUGGAAAGCGCCUUCGAUCCCCAUUCGACUCAUCAUUGUCCCUACAGGAACCAGCAACGCUUUGUACGCUGCCCUCUAUCCUUGCAACCGCGAUGCGACAUCUUCUGACGGUGAUUCUGCCACAGCCAAAGAGGACAAAUGGAGGCUUCACAGUCUCUCAUCUUACAUUCUCGCAAAGUCCCACCAGUCGCGGUCGCAGUCGCAUGAUGUUUCCAGCUCUUUACUCCCAUUGACUUUGAGUGCGGUGCACAUCACCGACGACGCCCAACAGCCUACCGGCACAUCGGAAGGCGUUUCGCCAAGGCGCGAUGCCUAUAGCCUUGCGCAUAUAGUUACUUCUCACGCACUGCAUGCUUGCAUCCUACGCGAUUCGGAAGCUUUGAGAGCGCAAGAUCCAUCCAUCGAGAGGUUCAAGAUCGCAGCUGCUCAAAAUUCUACCAUCUGGCAUCGAGGCUCGCUGCAGCUCUAUCACGCAAGCACUUCGGGCAAAGUCAAAGUGUAUGAUCCUCGCUCGAGGCAAUUUAGAGAGGUGGAUGAGAAGGAGAAGAGAUUGCAAGGUCCUUUUAGCUAUAUCGCGGCUCUCAGCACGGAUAGGCUGGAACCUUCAUUCAUUCCUGCUCCGUUUGGCUCCUUCUUACCGCUAGAGAACGCCGAGUCGGCACACCUAGCUCGUCGAGCAGACGAACUGGAUCUUCUGAUCGUCCGACCUUUGCGCUCUCCCGCCGUACUUGCGAGGUACCGACAAGCCCAAGACGAAGUACGAGACGGAAAAGACGACGCACCGACAUUGUUCGCAAAGACUACUUUGACGGAGUUGACUGUUGGAAUGUAUUCUGGCGGAAAGCAUGUGGAUCUUACUUAUCCGCUCGAGGGCGCGUCCGAGACGAAGCUGGAAGAGGCUGGGAAGGGAGAGGCAGCGUUCGAAUAUUACAGGGUUGGAGGGUACGAAUGGACGGCUGCUCCCGAUGAUAGCAAUGCGGCUAUUGUGUGCGUCGAUGGAGCCGUGUCUCGUGCGCUCAAGACCAGAGUUGAGGUGCUGUCCACUGCUUCGGACGGAUCCGGUCAAGUGCACGUUUGGCAUUGAUCCAGGCUCAAGACCAUCGUGCCGCCCACAGUGCUUGCACGAACGGGUCAAAGUGGCGCCGUGCACAAUUCCACACCCAUAGAUGAGAGUCAAGUACGUGCAGUUUCGUCGUUUCUCUGGAUGCAGGAUUGUCCCAUUCACUUCAUCAUCGCGGAUCCUUCACUGACAUGGAUCGUCAAUACUGUCGGACCUUGAGGUGUGCAAUGUGGACGCUGCGUGAUCUUGAGAUUCACCAUGAACGCGUUCAUCCGCCUUGCACGCUGGUCACGCGACACUCUGCAGCAGGUCUUGUGAUUGGACCGCUGCCAUUGUUCACGAAGCUCUGCCG